AAUACUUUAUUUUCCUAUACUGUAGCACAGAAGACAUGAUGGUUAAGUUUAGCAUUAUAACCUAAACUGGUGACAACAUUUGUCCAAUAUGUGCAAUGAUGUGGGAGUAUUUGGCAUUAACAGCAGAGGACAGUGUAGAGUCGCUAUGCAUUUAAUUCUAUUUUAACAGCAGAUGGCAGUGUAGAGAUGUGAUAGUGGCUUAUGUCAUCAGUAGAGGGCAGCAUAGAGUUACUGGAUGUAUUUCUAUUCUGUGUGUUGCUGUUUUCAGAUUAAAGAUUCAUCCAGUUUCACUAUCCUGGUAAAAAGGAUAAACUUGAGUAUAAAUACAUACAUGCAAAAUAAUCACAGUUUUAAGUAUUUCUAUGAAUUGUACACAAAUAUUUAUAAGUAGGCCCUAUUUUAUAUAAAUGACUUUACAAUCCCUCUAAUAAGUGAAGACAGGUCCCUUACAAAAAUACCUUAGUAGGGAUUUUUUGUUGGUUUUAUUUUUUAUUUUAUAUAAUUUUAUUAGCAAUUUUGUCCCCAAAAGUACUAGGUAGGUUAAAAAGAACAUGCACGCGUCUGUGCGCAUGCGCAGUCCCCGCCUGCCCGUAGCAGCUCGGUCUGUGGCGGCUGUUUGUGUCCGCCGCACCGAAAAUCUCCGUGUUUUUUUCCCCACUGCUGUUGAUGCCCCCGAAUCCGCCCGCCGGGACGCCGCUGCUCGGUCCACACAGCCGUUGAAGGCUCGUCUAAUCUCCGCUGCGGGCGUUAUGCGCUCAAACGAGGCCUACACGCUGAAGCUGUCCUCUUCCUCCUCCUCAUCCUCCUCCUUCCGUGCAUGAAUCUCACCGUGAUGGCUGAUGAACAACAACAACAACAGCCCGGUGCUCCCGGAUCCGCGCUACAGACCCCCGAGGCGACGGCGCUGCAGUAUAACAAGAUUAAGAAUUCUAUUUGCAAAUCUGUACAAUCAAAAGUGGAGAGUAUAUUGCAAGAUGUUGAGAAGUUUACAGACAUUGAAAAGCUCUACCUCUACCUCAAGUUGCCUUCUGGUCCCAGCAGUGGCAAUGACAAAAGAACUGAAAAUCAGAGGGCGUCUGCCAGUCCUCCAAUAUGCGACCAGAAUUCAAUGUCGUCGAGCCGGACUCAACAGAUGUACGCGUUCAACUGGAUCCGGAAUCACCUGGAAGAGCACCCCGAAACCUCACUGCCGAAACAAGAGGUGUACGACGAAUACAAGAGUUAUUGUGACAAUCUGGGCUACCAUCCUUUAAGUGCAGCUGAUUUUGGAAAAAUCAUGAAAAAUGUUUUUCCUAACAUGAAGGCACGCCGUUUGGGCAUGAGGGGGAAAUCAAAGUACUGCUACAGUGGACUGAGGAAAAAAGCGUUUGUUCACAUGCCGUCGCUCCCGAACCUGGACUUACACAAAUCAGGAGAUGGGUGUGAGUUGUUGGAGUCAACGGGUCAGUCUCCCAGUGCUGAGGAUGAGAUGCGCUCUGCAGCGUGUGGUCUGGUGUGUGAAUGGGCCCAAAAAGUUCUGAGUCGGCAGUUUGACAGUGUGGAGGAGCUCGCCCGCUUUCUGCUCAACAGUCACUAUAUCGGCACAAAGUCCAUGGCAGCGCUGACUGUUAUGACUGGAACCCCAACAGGUAUGAAAACCCCUACGCCAGCUUCUGCAUUUGUGCCAACUGGCGAAGCCAAUGCUUUCCAGCCACAAGUGAAGACCCUCCCUUCGCCCUCUGUAGAUGCCAAACAGCAACUGCAGCGUAAGAUCCAGAAGAAGCAGCAAGAACAGAAGCUCACCUCUCCUUUGCCUACUGAAGCCCAGGUCAGGAGGGCAGAGGCGGGCACACCAGGCCCUGGAUCCAGCCUCACAUCUGGAAGUUCUGCAUUACUGUCCCCUCAACCAACCAUAGGCAUUGUGGUAGCUGCAGUGCCAAGUCCUAUCACAGUUCAGAGAAACAGACAACUGAUGACCUCUCCAAGUCCUGUCGGGGCAGCAGAGGGAAAAGUUGUACCUGUUAACUUCCAGGUUGUGACACAACCUGUUAAGCAGUCUCCAAAAACACCCCAGAAUGUCCCUGCCAGCCCAGUCGGUGACAGGUUGGCCAGACACCGUUACACCCAGAUUUUACCUAAACCCUCUGCCACAAGCGCAAUUGCACUUCGCUCGCCCCCAACACUCCUCAUCACCAACAGUCCCAUCAAGACGGUGAUGCCCACGCCUCAUGUUAGUUCAGUAAAUGUGGUCAAGAUGACUGCAAUAUCACUAGCGCCUAACAGUAGUAGCAGUAGUAGUAGUACUCCAACCCCAUUGCGACCUGCUUCAGCUGGCGUCAGUAGCACAAUUUCCCAGGAAGAGUUGAACCAAACCCAGCAAGCUCAGAAUGGUGGACCUACCACAGCAUUUCAGUCACCUGGGGUCGGGAAGGCUGGGCGACCUUUCAUGACCCCAACCCCAUCAGUGUCCACAACAACCAGUGAGGUGAGGUUGACAUUUGAAGCUGUGAAUGACUCAUCUACUGCUGUUGACAAACAAAGAACUGUAUCAGGGGCAAGUACAGGACAAAAGAAUGAAAGAGCCACUAAAUUUAGGGCUUCCAGUGAACCAUCUCUUCUUGUUAAGGCAUCACCUGUGCCUGAGAGAGUAACCAGGGCCAAGAGUGACUCAUCAACCCCAUCAAGUACAAUCAUGGGGGCAGUUGCCCCAUUCAGCAAUAUCAAAAACAAUCAUCAGCCGGAAAGUACUUUGUAUUUAACCGUUACUAGCCAGAAUGCAGAUGCUGAAUUGGCAUCCAUUGGUAUGUUGACAACUGCAAGCACUUCUCCCAAAGAUGCUGUUCUUGGUCUGAAAAGCCCUCGAAAGCGUUCUGCGUCUAGUUUGGAAAUGCAUACCAUCCCAGUUAAAAGAGUAUUCAUUUCACAGCAACCUCUGGAUGUUGGCAACAAUACUAAACCUGGUCUAGUCAUAGCAGCUAAGAAGAUCCAGAGACCCGGAACCCCAGCGAGACCAGAGAGUGCUCCAUGCAAAGUGACACUGAGACAGAGUAGCUCUCUUCCAACUCAAAUCUUGGCUCUUUCCGAUACUCCCAUUGGAACCCUGGACACCUGUAAAACUGUUAAUCCUCAGAGCUCUUCACAAAUGGACAAUGAGGUUGCUGAAAUUAGCACUAAUGAAACAGCUUCCGGUAGUAGCACAAUUUCAGAUCAUUCCUUACUGCAGCAAAUCACUAGUCACCAACGGGUCACCAGUGAAGUUUCUCAGGAGGCAUCUGCUGUAAGUGAGCUUAAGAGCUCAUUACAAGACUACUCGCAACAGAUACAAGCAGAACACAAGCAGAUUGCAGCUAAUCCCUUACCGUUGAUGGCCCAAGCACCAGAGGCCUCAAGUCAGCUCACUCUUCAACAGGACAUUGUUGAUUUUGCAGGAGCUCAUGCUAGCAUUGAUUAUUUUCCCUUCAAUGAUGAUGAUAUGACCCAGGAUAGUAUUGUAGAAGAACUCGUACAGAUGGAGGAACAAAUGAAGCUGAAUAGCAGUUUGCAAUCCUACCUAAGUUGUGUAGACAUAUCCCUAAAAGGUCAAGCCACAGUUUGCCAAGGAACGAUGAUGUCGCCCCAUCAGACCAGUACACAGUUCUAUCACUCCUCCCAUAGUUGCGCCACACCGAUCCACACACCAACACCGACUCCCACACCGACACCAACUCCGACUCCAACUCCCACCUCUGAGAUGCUACCAGGCGGGCAUAGCUUGACCAGAGAGAGCCCUUGUUCCAGAAUGGCACCUGUAACCCCUGUGGAUAGCAUCUUGGGUGGGCGCCAUACACCCAUCAGCACUCCUCUCUCAAACUGCAGCAGCAGUGUCCCUCCAAGCCCCGUUGAAUGCAGGAACCCAUUUGCGUUCACCCCUAUUAACUCAAGCAUAACCGGUUAUCAUGAUGCAAGUGUUGUGUCAAGCAGUCCAGUUAAACCCAUGCAAAGGCCAAUGGCAACCCAUCCAGAUAAAGCUAAACUAGAGUGGAUCAACAACCGGUAUAACAGUACUGCGGGCUCUCCUGUUAUCUCAAACAACAAUACCAUUAGUAUCCUGCCGAGUUACCAGGAUCUGGUUGAGGAUCACUUCCGCAAACCACAUGCCUUCGCCAUCCCAGGUCAGUCUCUCCAGUCUCAGUCAAGGCAUCAGGAUGGAAAUUUGGGAAGGUUGAUGACUGUUUCUCCUGUGCCACAAGGACCACAAGCAGCCCUUAGUGGCAAGCAAGAAAGUUUUGCUGUCCCAGCUCCAUUGGACAGCAAAGGGACAGGAAGCACAUCUACAUCAGGGAGUGGAACUUUCCGGUGUCGUAGCGUCAGCCCGGCGGUUCGUCAGCGUAAUCUUAGUGGCACCACUGCACAAACAGUCACAACCCUGAGAUCUGUUGUGUCUCCCUUUAAUUGCCCCUUGACAUCUGAGGUCCUGAGCAUUCUCUCCAACAACCAAUCAGUGGUCAGUGCCAGCAGCUUGGCCCAGAGGAGCCAAUCCGUGCCACUAAAUAUCAUGAUGCAGUCUGAGCUGUUGCCUGUCAGUCACCAGGCACAGCAAAGCAAUAGCGCCAAGAUCACCACUGUGCUCCUCAGCAAGAUGGACACGGAUGGAGAUGAUGCCGUGCGAGGAAUGGGCGUCAAUAACCAUCCUGCCAAUUACACAGCAAGGAUGAACUUGACCCAAAUAUUGGAGACCACACAGGGCUUUUCUGGAGGCCCCAAUCAUCAGAACCAGCAACUGCCUCUGGACUCGAGCCCUUCACCUUUCGACUUCCAGAAGACUGGUUACCUCAUAAGCAUGGGAGAGGAACAGGUUACCUUCUCCUGUGAUGACAGCCAAGCACAAUCAGGCUCCGGGCUGCAGCAACAAGAAGUGCAGCUUCAGCUUGAAGAACAACAUUUGGAGCUGCAAGAUCAACAGCUUCAGCUCCAGAAUCAACAGCUGCAACUUCAAGAUCAACAACUGCAACUUCAGGACCAACAGUUGCAGUUGCCGGACCAACCAGAGUUACAAGAAGAUCCCGAACUCACCAAACAGCACUUGUUACCCCAAACUUCACAGCAGGUUGAUGUUGACCAGGAGCAGCAAGAGCAUCUGGACUUCAACACCACCGUCAAGGAUCUCUUGGGGGAGGACGGACUCAACCCCAGUUCACAACUUGUUGGACAAGUAGCAUCAGAGCUCAGUGCUGUUGCCUCUGACUUCUCCAAUGAUAUCCGGUUGACCUCGGAUCUCUCGAGUAGCAUUAACGACCUAAACACUUUGGACCCCAACUUGCUGUUCGACCCCAGUCAACAGCAGGACCAAUAUGAAGACGCCACACUGGAAGAACUGAAGAACGACCCUCUGUUUCAACAGAUUUGCAGUGAUACUGUGAACUCUGCUGGAUUCGAUUGGCUGGAGAACAAAGACCAGCCAACGGUGGAAAUGUUGGGAUAAUAUUAUUAUUUACUGUUUCUUUUGACGUUGUUGUUGUCGUUUAUAUUUAUGGUUUCUGUUGAGGUUUUUUUUUUUAUCGUGUCAUUUUGUGUAUCCUUUACGUACAAAAAUUGUCGAAUGAAGUGUUUGUGCAGCAAAAAUCUGGACGCUUUGGACUGUCCAGUAUAAAGUGCCAGCCUGAAGUAAGUCUCUUACAGGCAUGUGCUUUGAUCUUGUUUUGUUUGUAUCUCUGUUGUAUGAUUUCACAGAUCAUUCCAGUCAUUUCUCUCCAUAUUUUAGAAGUAUUUUACAGCGAUAACAAGUAUUUUCUCUGGUUCCAACUGGUACUAAUGUACAUUUAAUACAGUUAGACAUCACCUGGUGCACAGUCUAAUCGCAAGCAUAAUCUUGUUUAUUUCACUCUCUUUUAUAUUGGGGUCCACUACAACAUAGUGGAUAAUGAAAACAUGCAUGCAUAAUUUGCUCUUGUAUUUCAACAAAAUGCAAUAUUCCAAGUGACAAAUCAUUGACUUUGCGAUAACUCCCUUUCUAGACAGUCGUCCGAGUAUCUUUUAUCGUUGCUUUGGGAGUACGGCAGGUUGUCCGAUUGCAAAGAAGUAUACCCAAAUAUCGCAAGUACAGCGGAGGUAAAAUAUCACAUUUACAUAUCGCAAAUCAUCAGUUCAGUGAACUGCAAUGAUUUUAGGUGCUACUUGGUGCUGACUAUGAAAAUCGCGUUAACUGAACCAUUCAUCAGCCGUUUGCUUUGACAAAAUGAAUUCACACAUUUUGGGCAAAAAGGUAUUUAUGGCCAUAUCACUUGUACUCUUAAAACUGUUGGGGAGGUUUUUGUUUGUUUGUUUGUUUUGGCUAUAUAUGUUUAAAAAAAGAAAAAGUUGAAGAGAAGACUCGCUUGCCUUAUUUCUAGAGUCUUAAGGCCUUAUUCCACUUCAUAAAAGGCGUUGUUGUGAUGUUCUGAUUUUAACAAUUUCUUAAAAGAAUGAUCUAGGUGCACUUGUCUUUUGUUGUGAAUUAACAGUGAAGUUUCCAGAACAUCUUAUCAAACUAACUCCGUCCACCUUUAUUUAGUGCAUCAUUUCAGAUUGGUAGUUUCUAUGACUAUGGUAUGGUGAUGGCUAGAUAUUCUUUACAAGGAUAUAUGACUAACUUCAAAGAGCAAACCUGUGUUGUUUCUCCGGCCUUAACUCCAUACCAAAGAGAAGCUGUCAAAGAACGAGUAGAGAUUGUGAUCUCUUGUUGUUUUUAUCUUUAAUUGCCUGACAUCCGAAAGGGAUCUUGUAGGACUAGUAGGACAUGUUUUUCUUGGUUUAGCGGAUUGCGAUAAAGAAUAAUUCCUCGAUGAAUUAAUAUUUGUGCAAAUUAUGUAUAUGGACAUGUCGGAUGUACAGAUAACUAUGGAUCGGGGUGCAUGUUGUAGAAGAUCAUGAAGGCUGAAUUUGGCUUUUCGUAGACGUCAAAGGUAGAGCCACAUUUGUACAAAGGACGUAGUGGUCAUCAUGAUAUUUGCAUUUUAUCAAGACGCUUAGGUAGAUGAGAGUGCCCUUACGAAAAGAGAAAAUGUCGAUCAUAACGAGUGCAAAGCAGCACGAAUCCGCUUUGUUACGUUUCUGGCUUCUGUGAUUUAGUCUUGCUGUCUGUUGCUCUGUAACUUGCUGAUGUACCAUUUUUCGUAGGAGUUUAUUGGUUCCUGCAUAGGCAGAUGUGAUGUGUAAAUGGAGGGAGGAUAUUAUAGCAUGGAUUUAUUGAGAAAAAAAGAAAUUAGAUAAGUCUUCAAUGUAAAGGCGUUCAUUUUAUCGUGACAUAGCUAAAUGUUAAUGUGCAGAGACGAAUCUUAAGAGCAGACACUGGAAAAGGGUUUGAAAUUCAGAAAACGUACAGACAUGCAUUUUUAUUGCACUGAAAGGUUUUACAUUUUACGUUUUUACGUUUGUUCGUUUUAGAUGUUUUAAAGGAGCAGUUUCACCCAAAAUGGAAAUUUUUGCGAAUAUUGAAUAUUUUUUACAAUUUUCAUUUUUGGGUGAAACAUUCCUUUAGGGACAAAAUAAACAAUUGGUGCCCGCUUUGUUUUUCUUUAAAAGACGAUAAAUUUCAAAAGGGGAAUUACAAUGAACAGUUGCCUUGUGUAGCAAUGAGUCCUUAUCUCAAUGAGAUCGGCGAUGUACAACUUCUCAUAGCUGAGAAUAAAAUAUGAAAAUAAAAGAUUUUAAAGAAACCAACAUGCAUCACCAUGUUAUAAAAUGACUGUAUGUGCACAUGUAUGUUAAACUAUCUAUGGUGGUAUUCGUUGUGACCACUCCCUUAACCAAUCAGAGCACUGGUGGUGUUGACCAGAGCGAGCGGGGACGAAAAAGUAGUUCUUCAAAAGCUAUAUGCAUUUUAUGAUGUUUACUAAGUUAAAAUGAGUCUUUGUUUAUUAAUGUUGUUUUAAUUGUUUUUUUGUUUGUUUGUUUUUUUACAUAAAUCUUCAAUUUGCUUCUUUUUGUAUAAAAAAAAAAAAAAAAAAUGCCUAUGUGAAGAAAGCUGUAAAUAUUUUCUUUGUUCCGGCAUUUAAUAAUGCACUGAUUACCGUUUUAUUAUUUUAUUUCAGUAAAUUUACAAUCCUUUUUUGAUACACAGGGAUUGAUUCCGCAGUAGGUCUGAUGUUGUUUGUCAGGAUGGUCCAGUAGAAAACCGUGUUCAUUAUUUCUGUCCGUUUGGAACUGUAGAUUUGAGCGCUGGUAUUAUUAUCUGCUGUAUGUGGACAGUAGCCUGUUAAUAUUGCAAAAGCGCAUCAGCUGUUUGUUUUCGUUUUUUUGUUUUUCCAAUGGAAAGUACUCACAGGUGAGAUUUUUUUAAGUGGUUUUAAAAGCCAAUAAACAUUUUUUAAACAAUAUUGUUUGGUCUUGUUGUGUUUUUUUGUGCAGUACAGUUUGAGAAUAACCAUGUCCUCUAGUGGCUACAUCAGACACUGCUGUCUCGUGGCGUGCGGUCAUUCAUUUGGACAGUAUGUCGCUAGAGGUCAUUAAGAUUAAACGAGUAGGUGUCGGGCCAUGGGAAAGGGGACACGGCACCCGGCAGCUUCGCUCUCAUUGGUCAAAGGCAAAUCCAGGGUGAACCCCGUCUCUUUGACCUUUGUGGGCAUCUGAAUGGCUGCUGGGACCUUUGACCUCUGGCUUGGACAAAAUGACCCCAUUCCACCAAAAGCUGAGCUGAUCGAAUAUGCAGAAGAGUAAUUAUCAUUUGUUUGUGGUUUUGGCUUGUUCUGAUAUAUAAGUAUCUCUUAUCUUGAACUACCACUAAUUCGGGGUGUUUGUUAAGGUUAGUGUUGCUUAUAUUUAGAGUUUGUAUUAAACCGCAGUAUAUAUGAUCCAUUUCCCAAGCCAAAUGUUUUUUUGCAUGCCAGUUUGUGCAUUUUGCUCCAUUUGAAAAUUGGUAGGACACUUGUGUAAAAAGACUGAAAUAUCUUAACACACUUUUGUCCAAUAUAUCAUAUUAUAUAAAAGUUUAGCCUAUUAUAGCAAUAUUUCACACAGUCAAUAUGACCCAUUCUGU